AUGGACAGGCUGGGCCUGCUGGUUGACCUCUCCCCAGACGGCCUUAUGAUCCCCGAGGACGGAGUUAACGAUGAGGAACUGGAGGCCGAGUUCUUGGCCUUGGUGGGGGGCCAGCCCCAAGUCCUGGAGAAGCUCAAAGGCAAAGGUCCCUGCAGCCCUGACCUCCUGGCCCAGUUGCAGAGCCGCCAGCGCGAAUAUAAGUUGGCCGCCCUCCACGCCAAGCAGCAGGGAGAUACUGCGACUGCUGCCAGACGUUUCCGUGUGGCCAAGAGCUUCGAUGCCAUCUUGGAGGCCCUGAGCCGGGGGGAGCCUGUGGACCUGUCCCGCCUGCCACCUCCCCCUGACCAGCUGCCCCCAGAGCCACCCUCGCCAUCACCGCAGCCUCCGGCUCCCAGCACGGUGCCCUCCACGCCAGAGGUUCCCCCACCUCCGCGGACUCUCCUGGAGGCACUGGAGCAGCGGAUGGAGCGAUACCACGUGGCCGCGGCCCAGGCCAAGACCAAAGGGGACCAGCGGAAGGCUCGCAUGCAUGAGCGCAUCGUCAAGCAAUACCAAGAUGCCAUCCGAGCCCACAAGGCGGGCCGAACGGUAGAUGUGGCCGAGCUGCCAGUGCCCCCAGGCUUUCCCCCCAUCCAGGGCCUGGAGGCCACCGAGCCCACCCAGCAGAGCCUGGUGGGGGUCUUGGAGACCGCCAUGAAGCUGGCUAACCAGGAUGAAGGCGCAGAGGAUGAAGAGGAUGAGGAACCUAAGAAGCCCACCAGCCCUCCGGCCCCCACGGCCCAGCCCAAGGCCCCACCCUCAAGGGCACCCCAAUCAGGCUCCACCCCAGCAGCCAAAACAGCCCCCAAGGGCACAUCCGCCAGAGCCCAGCAGCAACUGGCCUUCCUGGAGGGCCGCAAGAAGCAGCUCCUACAGGCCGCACUGAGAGCCAAGCAGAAGAAUGACGUGGAGGGUGCCAAAAUGCACCUGCGCCAGGCCAAGGGGCUGGAGCCCAUGCUGGAGGCCUCGCGCAAUGGGCUGCCUGUGGAUAUCGCCAAGGUGCCACCCGCCCCCGUCAACAAAGACGACUUCUCUCUGGUCCAGCGGCCUGGCCCAGGUCUGUCUCAGGAGUCUGCCCGGCGCUACGGUGAACUCACCAAGCUCAUAAGGCAGCAGCAUGAGAUGUGCCUGAACCACUCUAACCAGUUCACCCACCUGGGCAACAUUGCCGAAACCAGCAAAUUUGAGAAAUUGGCAGAGGACUGUAAGCGGAGCAUGGAGAUUCUGAAGCAGGCAUUCGCCCGAGGUCUCCCCACGCCCACUGCCCGCUUUGAGCAGAGAACCUUCAGCGUCAUCAAGAUCUUCCCUGACCUCAGCAACAACGACAUGCUCCUGUUCAUCGUGAAGGGCAUCAACUUGCCCACGCCCCCAGGGCUGUCUCCCAGCGACCUGGAUGUCUUUGUUCGGUUUGACUUCCCCUAUCCCAACGUGGAAGAAGCUCAGAAAGACAAGACCAGUGUGAUUAAGAACACAGACUCCCCCGAGUUCAAGGAGCAGUUCAAACUCUGCAUCAACCGCAGCCACCGCGGCUUCCGAAGGGCCAUCCAGACCAAAGGCAUCAAAUUUGAAGUGGUCCACAAGGGGGGGCUGUUCAAGACUGACCGGGUGCUGGGCACAGCCCAGCUGAAGCUGGACGCCCUGGAGACCACGUGUGAGGUCCGGGAGAUCCUCGAGGUCCUGGAUGGUCGCAGGCCCACCGGGGGGCGGCUGGAGGUGAUGGUCCGGAUUCGGGAGCCACUGACCGCCCAGCAGUUGGAGACCACAACUGAGAGGUGGCUGGUCAUUGACCCCGUGCCAGCAGCCGCGCCCACGCAGGUUGCUGGGCCCAAAGGGAAGGCCCCUCCCGUACCCACCCCUUCGAGGGAGCCAGGGAACAGAUCGGCCCGGCCCCUGCACAGCCUCAGCGUGCUGGCCUUUGAUCAAGAGCGUCUGGAGCGGAAGAUCCUGGCCCUGAGGCAGGCGCGGCGGCCGGUGCCCCCGGAGGUGGCCCAGCAGUACCAGGACAUCAUGCAACGCAGCCAGUGGCAGAGGGCGCAGCUGGAGCAGGGGGGCCCGGGCAUCCGGAGGGAGUACGCGGCCCAGCUGGAGCGUCAGCUGCAGUUCUACACAGAGGCGGCCCGGCGUCUGGGCAACGACGGCAGCAGGGAGGCUGCAAAGGAGGCACUCUACAGGCGGAACCUGGUGGAGAGUGAGCUGCAGCGGCUCCGCAGGUGA